CAUGCGGCCGGAUGAAAGACGACACCACAAUGAUGUGAGGAUGCUGGUGAUGCAGAUGCUUUAACCACAGUUGAAUCAUGGGAAACGCGGAGAGUCAGAAUGGGGACAGUGGUUUAUAUGGCGAUGUGACGGGAUCACUCUCCCGUAAGCACACGUCCCGAUCGCUCCGUCUCUCCAGCAAACAGCCGAUCACCCGCCGCUCCCGGAUCUCCUCUUCAGUGAAGCAGGAGCACAGGAACUCCGAAGCUUCCACUCGUUCCUCCAGCACUCCCAGCAUCCCCCAGUCGCUAGCGGAGAACGGACUGGAACCUUUCGAGGCCACGGAUGAAUUCGGAGAGUUCGGCAUCAACCCUCACUGGACGCAGCGCGUUGCCAUGACGAUGAGGCCGGAGUCCUACCAGCAAGACGACGACCCGCUGGCGACACCGACUCCUGAAACCUCCGAGGCGGACACCAUUGCUCAGGAUGGGGGAGAGGACUCCAUGGGAGAGGGGGAGGGAGACCAGGCCGGGGAGGAGAGGUACCUCCAGCGGAUGACCGAGGGCCCCAGAGAGGGAGGCAGCUUUAAAAAGAAGCGCUCGAAGUCUGCGGACAUGUGGAGAGAAGACAGCCUGGAGUUCUCCAUGUCUGACAUGAGCCAGGAGCACCUGACCAGCACUGAGGAGAUCAUAGACGGAGGAGAAGAGGAGGAGGAGGAGCAGUUCACACGCCCCAGUGCAGGCUCCGCUGAGAGAGCAUCGUCUCUGGACCAUCUGUGCAGCCAGCAGAGUCCCGGCCUCAGGGGGCAGAGGAGCCGCUACCCGAAGAACCGGAGAGAGGCCGAUUGUGGCGGAGACGGAGAGGAGGGGUUGAUGUCUCCGACCGAGGAGGAUCUGGGCGGCUACGGGGCGUUCACGCUUCCUUGCCGACGGUCCCACUGCCUGUCCGAGGGCUUGGGCGGCCUCGGCAUCCCGGCGGCACCGUGCCCGGCUUUCCAGGGACGGCGUGCACAAACCACCCAGGACAUUUCUGCUAUUUUGGGUGAAGGAAGCGAGUACGGCGACAGCGGCAUCGACGGCGUCACCACGGAGAUCGACGGGGACGGCGAGCUGGUGUCCCGGCGCUGUAAAGCCAUGUCGGCCUCCUUCUCCGUGUACUCGGCCACGGAGAGCAGCGUGUUCAACGGCAGCGACAGCGGGAGCAGCAGCGCCGGAGGAGGAGAGGGAAGAGGUGGCGAGGGAGGAAGGGGAGGAGUGUACGAGAAUUUCCGGAAGGAGCUGGACAAUCAAGCCUGGAUGCCGGGUCGGGACUGCACGGAGGAGGCGGGGUCGGCUGUGAGCGACGAGCGGAGCAGCGGCACCCUCAGCAGCGCCUAUCCAUCGGACGCUCUGAUUGGCUGUGCACAAGGCACGGUCAGGAAGGCAGGAGCUCUGGCCGUGAAGAACUUCCUGGUUCACAAGAAAAACAAGAAGGUGGAACCUGCAACGAGGCGCAAGUGGAAACACUACUGGGUUUCCCUGAAAGGCUGCACCCUUUUCCUGUACGACUCGGACGGCCGCUCGGGUAUCGACCACAACAGCGUUCCCAAGCACUCGCUGUGGGUGGAGAACAGCAUCGUUCAGGCCGUUCCGGAACAUCCCAAGAAAAAUUUCGUCUUCUGCCUCAGCAACUCGGUGGGGGAUGCAUUCCUCUUCCAGACGUCCGGCCAGACGGAGCUGGAGAACUGGAUCACGGCGAUCCACUCGGCGUGCGCCGCCGCUCUGGCCCGGCAGCAUCACAGGGAGGACACGGUGCGGCUGCUGCGCACCGAGGUCCGCAAGCUGGAGCAGAAGAUCGACAUGGACGAGAAGAUGAAGAAGAUGGGAGACAUGCAGCUGUCCACGGUCACAGAUGGCAAGAAGAGGAAGACCAUACUGGAGCAGAUCUUCUUGUGGGAGCAGAACUUGGAGCGGUUUCACAUGGACCUGUUCCGGUGCCGCUGCUACCUGGCCAGUCUGCAGGGCGGCGAGCCCCCCAACCCCAAGCGCCUGCUGGGCUUCGCCUCACGUCCCACCAAGCUGGCCAUGGGACGACUGGGCAUCUUCUCCGUAUCUUCCUUCCAUGCACUGGUGGCGGCUCGUACCGAGUGCAGCAACCGGAGGCGGAACCAGCCGAUGCCUCGAACCUUCAGCAAACGAAAGAGCCGGUUCUCCUCCCUGUGGGGUCUGGACACCACCUCCAAGAGGAAGAGCAAGGGUCAUCCCUCCAUCGAGCAGGUUUUCGUCGAUGGGACGGAAUCCACGAAAAAACCCUUGGAGCGAAUGUUUGAAGACUCCGUCAGUGAGAAAUCUAAGGAGACCGAGGCGUCGGUGAAGAGUCUUCCCCAGCAGAACGUCGACAGCUUCAUUUGGGUUCCCGAUUACCUGGCUCCCUCCUGGGUGUGUCUGCCAAACAACCAGCCGGUCCUGGCCGUCAUACAGCCCGGGGACACGGCGCUGGAAGUCCUCAGCACCAUCUGCAAGACCCACAAGAUCGACCGAUCCAGCCACUACCUGCGUUUGAAAGUGUGGGUUGACAACAAAAUGCUCUUCUGUGUUCCUCAGCUGGAAGAUGACGUCUCAGAUCUGGUCUACAAAGAGAUUGAGAUUUGCCCCAAAACAACCAAGAUGAUACGUUUCGACAACGCCGAGUCCUUCACCAUCGGAUACGGUUUUUCUGUGGCUGUUAUAGAUGAGGAUGGGACGCAGCAGCUCCACAUUACAGAAGUGAAAGAAGGAGGACUGGCCUCAGCCAAAGGUCUGCAAGCAGGGGACGAGAUCCUGUUGCUGAACGGUAAACCUGCAUCUGCCCUCCAGAUGGACGACAUGAGGGCUGCGUUUGUGAACCAGGCGUUGACCCUGUGCGUCAGCACGCUGCCCCCCCUGGACCCCCGGGUGCUGCGCUGCGUGCCCCCCCGGCGCUCCGAUGGGGAGCAGGACCCGUCCACGGACAUCUUCUCCCAGAGCCAGGAGGACAUCCUGGAUGAGGUCUCAGGUUUGACAGUGGAGAGCUCAGAUAUGAGUUUGGAGGAAGGACCUCAGCCGACUCUGCAGAGCCCCGGGGACAAUCAGGAAGACAAAACAGCGGUCGGACAGAAGAGCACGGAGCAGGUCACCGCUUUCUGCCGCAGCCUCCACGACAUGAAUCCCAGCGAGUGCCCCAUGUCGUGCUCCUCCUCGUCCUCCUCCUCCUCCCUUUCACCGAGCCCCGUGUCGGCUCUGCCACCCACGGCUGGAACCGCGGCUCAGAGGCAGCUCUCCCACGCAGACAAACUCCGCAAGGUCAUCAAUGAAUUGGUGGAGACGGAGAAGACCUACGUCAAAGACCUGAGCUGCCUCAUCGAGUGCUACUUGACACCUCUGCAGAAAGAGAGCUUCCUCACACAGGAUGAGCUGGACGUCUUGUUCGGUAACCUCGGGGAGAUGGUGGAGUUCCAGGUGGAGUUCCUCCGGACGCUGGAGGAUGGAAUCAGGCUGGUGCCUCAUCUGGACCGGCUGGAAAGGGUGGAGCAGUUUAAGAAAGUGCUGUUCUCCUUGGGUGGCUCCUUCCUGUAUUACGCCGACCGCUUCAAGAUCUACAGCGCCUUCUGCGCCAGCCACACCAAGGUCCCCAAGGUCCUGGCCAAAGCAAAGACCGAUCCAGAUUUCAAGGCUUUCCUGGCCGAGAGAAACCCCCGACAGCAGCAUUCCUCCACCCUGGAGUCGUAUCUGAUCAAACCCAUCCAGAGGGUCCUGAAGUACCCGCUGCUGCUCAGGGAGCUCUACUCCCUCACCGACCCGGACUCUGAGGAGCACUACCACCUGGACGUUGCGAUGAACGCCAUGAACAAGGUGGCGAGUCACAUCAACGAGAUGCAGAAGCUUCACGAGGAGUACGGAGCCGUUUUCGAUCAGCUCAUCAAUGAACAGACUGCAAACAAAAAAGAGGUGGCCGACCUCUCCAUGGGGGAUCUUUUACUACAUUCCUCCGUGGUGUGGAUCAACCCUCCAUCCGCUUUGGUGAAAGGCAAGAAGGACCCUGAUCUGGCUGCUUUUGUGUUCAAGACAGCAGUCGUAUUUGUCUGCAAAGAUUCCUCCAAGCACAGGAAGAAAAUCGGCGGAUCUCACCGAGCGUCCGUGAGUGACGACAGGGAUCCUUUCCGUUUCCGUCACAUGAUCGCAACGGACUCUCUGCAGCUCCGCCCCCUCGCAAACUCUGAGGGGACAGCCGUGUGUGAGAUAGUUCACACAAGAUCUGAAUCUGAAGGGAGACCAGAGAGGACCUUCCAGCUGUGCUGCAAUUCUCCAGUUAGUAAGAAGGACUUCCUGAAAGCGGUGCACUCCAUCCUCAGGGAGAAGCAGCGGCGGCAGCUUCUGAAGACGGAGUCUCUGCCGCUCAACCAGCAGUACGUCCCGUUCGGGGGCAAACGCCUGUGUGCCCUCAAGGGGAUGAGGCCCGCCAUGAACAGAGCAGCUUCAACUCCAUCUCGGACGCUGGCCCGCAGGAAGCUGGUGAGGAACCGCUUCACCAUCGACACCGACCUGGUUUUCCACGGCAACAACAACAACAGCAACGAUUCGGACCCUUCCUCCUGCUCGCCGCUGUUCCAGCAGCGUCCCGCCCUCCUCCAGCAGGCCCACCGACCCCAAGGCGAGGACACGGACCGCUGGGUGGAGGAGCAGUUCGACCUGGGGCCCUACGAGGGCCAGGGAGAGGCCGUCGGCGUGGUGCCGGUGAAGGAGACGGACAUUUUGAGCGACGACGACGAGUACUGCAAGUCUGUGCGAGCAGCGUCGGCCGAACCGCCCGACCUGGAGGGGAAGAUGAAGGGUCUGGAGCUGCAGGGCGGAGACAUGAGGGGUCACAACCUGAACGGACGAAUAGAGACAAGGCGUGAGGUGAUGGAGGAGGAGGAGGAAGUGGAGCGAACAAAGCACGGUGAGGAUUCCUUCUCCUCCCGCAGCGUCUCCCUGUCCCGCUGUGCGACCCCAACUCUCAAGCUCACAAGCAACGACCACGAUGUGAUCUGGGUGCGGCAGGACGACUUCGCCAACGGGUGCAACAGUGACGUCUUCUGAUACAAGAACAAGACGACCAGAUGAAGAAAGGAGACGGUGGUUUCUUCCGCUUCUUACACAAAGUAGAAGUGCGAGAAAAGGUGGAGGACGGAGCGGAUAAAAGCUUUAAUUAUGUGAACGUUGAAGGAGAACCUUGUAUAGAAGGUGUCCAGCCCUCAGCCGGUCCUUCCCGGUGUGACAACACAACCCUCCUCCCCCCCACCACACCUCUCUCUCCCUUAUUCAGACAAUCCAAAAGGACUGAAAGUGAGUAAAGAUUACAAAUGAGCGCGGCUUCAUUAAUGUGUCUUGAAACCUAGAGAUUCUCAUCCUGUGCUGCUUCAACUAGAAAGAGUAGAGUCCUCACUGUCUUGGGCACGCACG